ACAGUUGGGCCCUGGGAGUGCUUUCUUUACACCCUGGUUCUAGGCCAUGCCCUUCGAUGGGGAAGACCACAAUAAACUAAUCCGCCAGAUCACCAACGGAGAGUACAGGGAACCUACAACAGUCCUCAGAUGCUCGUGGUCUGAUCCGCUGGAUGUUGAUGGUUAACCCGGAGCGUCGAGCCACGGUGGAAGACAUCGCCAACCACUGGUGGGUCAAUUGGGGCUGGAAGACCACUGUGUGUGACUGUGACAUCCAGAAGGACAACAGUGGCUGCAUCUCUUCUCCAACGCUAGCACGCUUUAUCGACUGGCAGAACCGCACCACAGAGUCACCCAGGGUGGCGCCGGCCAAGCCUCCCCGCUCUGAACCCCCCGCCGUACCCCCCCACGCUGGCCGCCAGCGCCUGAGGAAGUCCAGGAAGGAGAAUGAUAGUGGAGCGCUCCACCAUCACACCGCGUGGGAAGACAAAGACAAACCAGGACUGAAGAGACCUAAGGGGAUCCUGAAGAUGCAUGUGUCUGAGCAGAGGUCCCACAGCCUGGGGGAGAUCGAGCUGAGUCGCUCCCUGCACUUCCACGAGGGAAGGGAGCUGCCCUCCAGCCCCGAGAGGGAUGAGGAGGAGGACGAUGAUCAGGAUCGCCUGGGGGUCUCGCCGGCCAAGAUGGUGCCCACCCUCCCRAAGAAGGGCAUCCUGAAGAACAACCAGCAGCGGGAGUCUGGCUACUACUCCUCCCCAGAACGCAGUGAGUCCUCUGAACUGCUCGGGGGCAGCACCUCCAUGGCCCCACCCGCCAGCUCACCAACAAAGAGGUCCAUGGGGAGAAAGGGCAUAUUGAAGCGUAAUGGGAAGUACGGCAACUCCACUUCCUUCCACAGUGGCUUGUCCAAUAUGGGCUACCACGGAGAGACUCAGGGGGACUCAGGCCUCUCUCGCAGCCAGAGUAGACCCUCCAGUAUUGUCUGUGAGGAGAUGGGUCUCUCCAGUGUUCCUCCCUUAAUGGGAGUGGAUUGGUCUCCCUCGUCCCCRCAGCCCAACGUCAGGGCCUGUAUGUCGGCUGAGGAUCUACUGCAGCUGGCAGGCUUCAGACGGGGCCUCCAGACGGCUGCAGGGGGGCUCCAUGGGGGGAAGGUGGGRACCCGAGGGACACYAGGGUCUCCUGGGGACGACGGCAGCUUCUCKCUGCUAGGGGACAUGGAUGAUAUGACCCAGGUCUACCAACACGCCCUGGACAUCAGCAGCAAUCUGACCUAGAGGAGGUGGAGUUAGGGGAGUUUGGAAGGGACAUGGGAAGGACAGACACACACUUGAACCCUCAUUUCUGUGUUAGGACUGGCCACGUGUGUUGUGAACUGGGCGUCCCAGCCACCUUAAUGUACUGAAUCUACCCUCUCAGACACAGUGCUGCUCUAGAUGUUUAUAUGUUCAAUAGAGCUAAAUAAGUAUUGUAUUAUAUGUCAGUCAGAGACACAAACCAUGUGGUGUGAAGCUCAUGGAAAACCUCCAUUAAGUUUCCUAAAGCAUCUUUAGAAGGACUGUCUCUGAAUCCAUGGACUUAUCUCAAUGUAACGGACAGUUAGGACUACUGUUCAUGUUAUCUCAAUGUAACGGACAGUUAGGACUACUGUUUCAUGUUUAUCUCAAUGUAACGGACAGUUAGGACUAC